GUUUCUAAUCUGUCCGCUAGAAGUCAGUUAGCGAGGUGUACGCCAUAGUACCACAGUUGGCACGAAGAAAAUAUACCUCUAAACUAGCUGGAAUACAUGGAAAGGGAGAGAGAGAGAGAGAGAGAGAGUGUGUGAGAGAGUGAGAGAGAGAGAGAGAGGGAGAGAAAAAGAAAAGGGGUAUAAUAAGAGAGCGAGCUGAAUGCGCGCGACAUGGAGUAAAUAUUACCAAAGUCCCACCGGUAUGGUUCAUUCCAACGCUGGUAGUCGAACAGUUCAACGCACAUCCGAACGGGUGAGGUGCAACAAGUCAGUAUCGGCCAGGUAAUGCUUCGGUGCGCCAUUAGCUGCGAGCAGUGACCAUUUACAGCACCGUAAUAGUAGCACUCGGAAGUACCGGCGGGGGAAGAAAAAUGGCACCCAACGUGUCGGACAGCGACCGGGCCGCGGGAACAGUUUGGCAAAGGGCAAAGGGACGACCGCAGGACACAAUCAACGACCAAAACAACAACGAUGCCUGUCAAAGCGGCAGUAGCAGUAAUCACUGUGAUCAGGGUGCGAGCGUACCACCAACACCGUUCCGGGCCCGCAUUCGGUGGCCCGACCUGUUCGCCCAGCUGUUCGUGCACGGUGGCUUUCUGAUUGGGCUCUACUAUUUGGUCACAUUCCAGGCCAAGUUCUACACCUACCUAUGGACCCUAGGAUUGGUGUGGGCCACCGGCAUCGGCAUUACGGCCGGUGCCCAUCGACUUUGGUCGCACAAAUCGUACAAAGCGCGCUGGCCGCUACGACUGCUAUUGAUGUUCCUAUUCACGAUUUGCGGACAGCGCGAUGCGUACACGUGGGCCCACGACCAUCGCGUGCACCACAAGUACUCGGAAACGGAUGCCGAUCCGCACAACGCCAAGCGGGGCUUCUUCUUCGCCCACGUCGGCUGGGUGUUUCUAACGCCCCACCCGGAGGUGGUGGCGAAGCGGAAAGCCAUCGACAUGAGCGAUCUCGAGGCGGACCCGAUCGUGAUGCUGCAGCGGCGCUACUACCUUCCCCUGUUUGCGCUGCUCGUCAUCGGGCUGCCGGUGCUGGUGCCCUGGUACUGGUGGGGCGAGCAGCUGGCCGUCGCGUUCUGGGUGUGCUUCACGUUCCGCUUCACCACCACGCUCAACAUCGCGUUCUUCGUCAACAGUGUGGCGCACAUGUUCGGCAACAAACCGUACGACCGGAGCAUCAGCCCGGUGGAAAACCUGGCCGUGGCGAUCGCGGCGAUGGGCGAGGGCUGGCACAACUAUCACCACGUGUUCCCGUGGGACUACAAAACCAGCGAGCUCGGCAGCUACCUGUUCAACGUGACGACCGGCUUCAUUGACUGCUUUGCCCGGCUCGGCUGGGCCUACGAUCGUAAAUCCGUGCCGCCGGAAGUGGUGGCCCGCCGGGCGGCCAAGUGUGGCGAUGGGACGCGCUUUCUUAGCGACGAGUACGCCCAUCAGGAUGCGGUGUGGGGGUACGGCGAUCAGGACAUACCAAAGGAAGAUGUGGACGCUAUCGUAAGGACACAGUGCUGAUCGGCAUGGGCAGAUCCUACAAACACAAAAGGAUUCUCCCGCCAUGGUGGCAUAUAGCCGCCAUCGAUCAAAAACGGAAGGGGAGAGGUUCUUGCAGCAUGUUUACUUUGCAAACAGCUUCGCUAGAAUCAGUGCUUAAACGCCGCUUGUGCACAGCAGUUAGCAUUUAACUUAGUGAAUUAAAUCAACUUCUCUUUCAGUA